GUGGUCACGUCUCCAUGGCGAUCACGUCCAACAAUAAGCUAUUCAUAUGGUACGUGCGACCGCACGCCGCGACCACCAACGCAGCCGCAGACUGACGCUGAAAUUUUCGUUUUCUCGCGCGCAAGGGGCGAUAACUCUGAGGGUCAGCUCGGCGCUUGUGGAUGCGGAGGAUGCGUCGCGUACGACGCCGCGGACACGGGCGUAUGCACAGUCAAUUCCACGGCAGCGUGUCCAUGUAAUUGCGGGGGACAAGGCACGUGCGUGUACACCCCUGCUUCGGCGGCGAACAACUUUAUCGCGACAAACGAAGGUAAAUGCGUCACCUACGGCACAGGCGCCGAGGCGGUGGCCAAGUGCAAUUGCGCUAAAGGCGCUCUAAAUCCUACUCUGAACCCUCCCCGGAUGGUGGGGCAGAUAAGUCUCAUGGAUGAACCGAUGGUGUCUGAUUUGAGCUACGAAAAGCAGUUCACGACGGUGACGUACGCGAGCGCCGGUGGCGGCGCCAUGUUCGCCAUAUCCGAAUCCAACUGCAAAGACGACGCUGACGGCGUCGUGUGCUCUGGACGAGGACAGUGCUUAGCUGAUGGUUCGUGCAACUGUAACGACGGCUCUGGUGGACCGACGUGUGAGAACGUGUGCCCGCUGGCGACGGAUGAGGACGAGGCGCUAUUCUCCCGAUACGGUCUCGACGAAAACAUCGCCGGUGAAAAGUGCGCGGGCCACGGUACGUGCGAUCCAAUCACCGCGGAGUGCAUUUGUGACCCCGGCUUUUUCGGCCCGCGCUGCACGUACAUCUGCCGUCGCGAUGCAAACCUGAAAGUCUGUUCCGGGAACGGCACGUGCGUCUACAACCCCGAAACCUCCUCGUCGCCCUACUGCGAAUGUGACCGCUUCCAAAAUCCGGGAGAGUGUGCGCAGCGUGGUCUACAGCUCUAUCCUCAAGGUUGGUGCAGCUUUCACGGUGGUGAAGCCACGGGAGGCUUUGCGAGCUGUUUCGUCGCCGGCGUUUGCGGCGACUGCGAGAGUCCCGCCGCGGGACGCUUCGAUUCGCCCCUCGUCCUCGUCCUCUUGUUCGCCGCCGUCGUCGUCUUCGUCUUCGGCGACGAUUCGCAUCGAGACGGCAUCGCGUAA